CGAAUCAUGUUAGAACCCAGUCUUUCACCGUACGCGUGCACUCAACCGAAUAAUACAACCUUUAUAAACAGAGCCCAGUCUUUCACGUGCAUGCGCCUUGUCAUUUUUUAAUGGAAAAUCAUAGUAAAUGAUUUAUUGAACGAAUUCUACACUAAACCGUGUGGUUAGCGGAAAUUAUAGCCUAUGUGAGUGAAUUAUAUUUAUGGGACAUGUAGGCUAGUAGCCUAUUUUUUAUUUUAUUUUUUACUGUAAAUAGGCACACAGAAAAAUAUAUGCUAUUACCUUAUGUUUCUUAUUUUGUUAUCUGUUAUGUAUACACAUGCUGCUUUAAGUCACAUUUUAUGUUUAGUAUAAUUUCAGUCCCCGAAUCAUGUUAAGCAGCGAAUCAUGUUUUUUUUUACAAACUCACAAUGAAACUAUCACAGAAUCAUGUGGAUCAGCUAAAACAAUGCACCGUCUUCACUCCCACUGAUACUCACAACCGGUUAUUUUAAACAUGAGAGGAACUUUUGGUGAGGUAUUUAAUAAACGACUCUUUGUAGUUUAGGAUAUCAUUCCUUAUAGGCUCACUGUAUGGUGGCUCUAAUAUAGGCCCAUAUAUUCUGUUUUUGAUUGCUUACCCAUUUCCAUUUAAAUGCAACACAAAACAUUCUUCAUAUUUAUUUAUUUUGUAUAGAUUAGAGUGCUUUAUAAUGAAUGAACCCCUCAAAAGAGGCGAAUGGUGUAAUUGCAUCACAGUGUAAGCAGGCAGACGCAGCGCAGCACCAUCUAGCGGUGAUGUGAUUAUUCAGCGGAUAAGUGGAUUGUGCCAGUCUGCCGACUAGUGACGUCUAUGUACAGAGUGUCCUCGCGCACAAGGUCAUAUGUUUCCGUGCACGAAAGUUGAGACAUCCGAGCAUGUGGCCCAGUUUAAGCUCCUGUAGUGUAGCAACAAAAGCGAUAACAGUGCUCAGGGGUUCCAAAAUAAUCAGUGACAAAUAAAAAUGCAAAGAAUAACGCAAUAAGGAGUGACAAAACGCGUGGCCUUUUUAUUUAUGUAGGCUUAUCUCAUUUUGGCCACUAGUAGCCUACUCAAGGUUGUCAAAAUCUUUUGGUAAUGUUCACUGUGUAAUGUAAGGUGAUUGAAUUAUUUAGGAUGUCAGAUAGCAAUAUCAUUUAUGUUUAUGUUUUGGGACUUUUAGCUGGUAAGAGGAAAAAGAUUAUCAGCCCUGUUUCUGUUCUGCUGUUGACAACACAAACAAAGCAAAUACUGAAUUUCACAUGAACCCUGUCGACAUCUCUUCUCUAAUGAUGUGUUUAUUGGUGUGAGGGGGCGGCGCAACCUUCUCAAUGGACAAAAUCAAGUCCCGCCUUACAUUUUUUUCCUUUUUGUCAUAUACAUCACAAUAAGGAUGCAAAGACUAUCAUAAAUGACUUUGACUUUAAAUGACAGACUUGGACAUUUCCUACAUGUGUCUGUCCAAUUCUGAGGGUUCAGGAGAGGGACUGAUGGUUUCUACAGUUCAGUGAAGCUCUGUCUACAAAAGAAAAAAUGCAUAGAGUUAAUAAAAAAAUCAGAAUUACAAUUAAAAACACAUGUGAUUACAGUAAACGGGGAUCCUGUCCGAAUUAACCGAAAAGAUCUGAGUGUAAUUUGCUGUGAAGUCUUAUUUCAGCACUUCACAGGGUUUUAAGGUAAGCUUUCAGCACAGGAUUAUGGCAACCUCACCCACUGAGUCGGAUUACAUUUGUUUCCUUUACAGUUGCUGUUAAUCAUAAUGCAAGUUUUUUUUGUUUGCUUGUUUUUAAAUUACAGGGUAAUUUUAUGUUCUGACCGUAUAUGAUGUUAGGCCUAUUCAUGUACAAAAGAGGUGUGUAUUCGCAUUUUAGAGUCCUUAAUGUUAGCGAUAAUAAUACAUAAGCAAAAUGUGAUGACUUGAAUAUAUUUUAAAUUUUAAUUAAUUCCUAUGCUGGCAACGCUGAAUUUUCAGCAUCUUUACUCCUAGUCUUCAGUGUCACACGAUCCUUCAGAAAUCAUUCUAAUGCUAAUUUGCUGCUUUGAAUAACUAUCUAUAUUGUAGUGUACUUUUAAUUUAAUACAGCAACAUGACCGUCUGAAAUACGUUGUUAUCAUCAAGAAUGCAAGAUUGCAGAGGCCUAAAGUUGCUAUUUUAGUCUAAAUCUGAAACAAACAUAAUCUUAUUUGUAAUGGGUGAGGCUGAUGAAAAGCUUUCAGAUCUUUUUAAGUGAUCUGUGUUGAUUUUAACCUUAACCCCAAUGCUGGACACUCCCAGAUGUCUUCUAUAAAUAUAUCCCUCACAGUUCCUCUCUGUUAGAAAUCAGUUUUUUCAGACACAUUGAGGGAAAAUGGACUGUAUAUUGCUUUUCUGCAUCUCAGCUGUGCUGCUAAAUCUCUCUCAAGCUUUUCCUGCUACGAUGCUGCCCACUGGUCAAGACAUCCAGUCUGAGAAGCACAACGACAUGGAUAUUUCCUCAAGAAUUCUGGAAGCAAACAAAGAGAUCAGUGACAUGCUUCUGGAGGGAGAUAUGGCCUUACCCAAAACAAGGAAUGCCAUGAAAUGCUUGAAGGACUACUGCAAAUGGCCAAAAUCCCCAUCUAAAAUGGUUGAAGUGCCAUACACCAUUGCUAAUGACUACUAUAACGAUGAGAGGGCACUGAUCGAAAACGCAAUGAAGAGCAUCGCUGCAAAAACCUGCGUCCGUUUUGUGCCACGAACCAAUCAAGUGGACUACCUCAGCAUUGAAAACCUACUAGGCUGUUGGUCUACUGUAGGGAGAUCUGGAGGGAAACAGCAGGUGUCUCUGUCGGUGGACGGCUGUGUCUCUCACGGGCUCAUUGAGCACGAGCUCAUCCAUUCUCUGGGGUUCCACCACGAGCACACCAGGAGCGACAGAGACCAGUACGUCCGGAUCAACUGGGAGAAUAUUCCAAAAGCAUCUGCAUACAACUUUGAGAAAAAGGACACAAAUAAUCUGAACACCCCUUAUGACUACAACUCAAUCAUGCAUUAUGGAAGGACAGCCUUCGCCAUACAGUAUGGGAAGGAAACCAUCACUCCUAUUCCUGACUCUUCAGUGCAGAUCGGACAGAGGCUGGAAAUAUCUAACAUUGACAUUCAGAAGAUCAACAAGCUCUAUGAGUGUGCUCUUUAAAGCAAAGACUCAAGAUCAAACCCCAGUGAAAUGCUGACAGUGACUAAAUAAAAGGAGUACGGCACAUCUUUUCCUUCCUCUUUUGUCUGUAACUUGACCCUAUAAAUGUAAUGGGCUGACUUUGGUGUUGAAUUGCAAUAAACCGUGUUACGAGUGAC